AUGUCAAACUCAGAAAAGUUCAAUUCUGUCCAAUAUGUUCAUACAAUUUCUGAGGCCGGUCGCCUUCUUCCUUCUGCCAGUCGUUGGAACUCCAUAGAAUUGGACUUCAAUCUCCUUCCACAGUCUUCAUUAAAUGAAAAUUUUGAGUCUUUACCGUCAAGAUUUUCAAAAUCUGUUGAUUUUAACUUGUUUGUUAAAGAUAAAAUCCACUUCAAACGAUUCGUCGUUGUAGCAGCCUUCAUAAUCCUAAUUAUACCUGCUCUUAUUCUUCUCAAGCAUUUUUAUCCUCCAAGAAAUAACCAUAAUGGCUCUUCCCACAAUAUCACCCUUGCUCUUAACAAAGCUCUUCUCUUCUUUGAUGCUCAAAAAUCGGGGCCUUUUGUGGAGAAUAGUUUGAUACGGUUUCGAGGAAACUCGGGGAUGAAUGAUGGGCAUGGCAGUGAGAAGCAUCCAAAUCUUGUUGGUGGUUUUUAUGAUGCAGGGAAUAAUAUAAAGUUUAGUUUCACUACAGCUUAUACUGUUACUCUCUUGAGCUGGACAGUGAUUGAAUAUCAUGAGAAAUAUGAAGAUAUUGGAGAACUUGAUCAUGUUAAAGAUAUUAUCAAAUGGGGUAGCUUAUAUUUGCUUAAACUCUUUGUUCCUCAAGAUAAUUCUUCUAGUACUUCAGCCACAAUAUUCUCUCAGGUUGGAGGCAAUAAUUCAAAUGCUGAGAAUGAUCUAACUUGUUGGCAGAGGCCAGAAGAUAUGAAUUAUAUAAGGCGUGGUUCGGUUUGUGACAUUAGUUCUGCGUCCGAUUUAGCAGGGGAAAUGGUAGCAGCAAUGUCAGCUACAUCAUUAGUAUUGAAAGAAGAUAAGGACAUUUCAGACAAAUUGGUGAAAGCAGCAGAGGAAUUGUUCAUUCGUGCAAAUGGAACAGAUAAGAAAGGAACGUACACGACAAAUGAUGAAUGUGGAGGACAAGCUAGGCAAUUUUAUAACUCAACAAGUCACAAAGAUGAAUUGGUUUGGGGUGGAAUUUGGUUGUUUUUUGCUACAGGCAACAAAACUUACCUCAAGUAUGCGACAGAGAAUUUUGCCUCAGCUGUAGAGGAACAAGUAGCUUCUGAUGAAGGCGUCUUCGAUUGGAACAACAAGAUCAGUGCUAUAUCGAUUUUGCUAACAAGGAUUAGGUACUUCCGGGAUCUUGGUUAUCCAUAUGAGUCUUCGUUUAUAUCAUCGACGAACAAGAUUGAUUUGCUCAUGUGCUCAUAUACUUCUGAUCUAAAGUAUAGCAAAACAGAAGGUGGACUAAUCAUUUUAAAGCUAGGUACUGAUGCAGCACUACUCCAGUAUGCUGUGACAGCUACCUUUCUUAGCAAAUUGUAUAGUGACUAUCUCCUGAUUUUGCGUACACCACGCAGAAGCUGCUCUAAUUCUGCCUUUUCUUCGGAAAGUUUACAAGAAUUCGCACAAUCACAGGUGAAUUACAUACUAGGAGAUAACCCUUUGAAGAUGAGUUAUGUGGUUGGAUAUGGCGAUACUUAUCCGGUUCAAGUUCACCAUCGAGCUGCAUCGAUCCCUUGGGAUGGGAAACGGUAUACAUGUUCAGAAGGGAAUCAAUGGCUCAAUGCAAAAAGGGCAAAUCCAAAUACAAUCUUUGGAGCAAUGGUAGCUGGACCAAAUAAGGACGAUAUUUUUUCGGACGUAAGAAGCCAACCAUGGUUCACAGAGCCAAGUAUAGCAAGUAAUGCUGGUCUAGUAGCAGCACUGAUUGCACUACAUGAUCCUCCCAGUGGAUCUUCUCAUUCAAUUGGAGGUAAUUUAGGAAUAGACAAGAAUGGUAUGUUUGAAAAUGUAAAAGAAGUGGCUUGAGCUUCUUGAGAAAAAGGAAAAAGAUCAUUACAGUGUAGAAGGCAGUAACUAGUUAACCAUUUUCUUGAAAUUGUUUAGAUAAUUAAGCUUCAUAAGCACAAAUAGUUACAUCAAUUCUAUCAAG